CAGUGGUAAACGCCGUCUGUAUGUUAUUUGUAAACAUGUGUUGGAUCCAGUGGUAAACGAUAGCGGGUGGUAGAUUUUAGGGGGGAUACAUUUUCGCUGACCAGUGGUCAGUUUGUGUGGACCAUGGACACGGACAAGCAGACGUUGUUGUCGAAGGAUGAGGCGAGUUCAUCGCGUGAUUUCGAGAAAGCGAACGGACGGUACGGAAGUUUCGGGAACGAAUCCGACGCGGAGAUCUAUCCCAAAUCGGGGGUGCAGAGCCCGGGCUCACCCAAUGGGGCGCACGUCACCCUGCGGUCACCCAGAUCCGGGCAACUGACCCCCGGGCUCGGCUCCCCCACGACACCGACGUCACCAGUAGUUUUUGGGCAGUGUUCACCGGAGACAACGUUAAACGUCAUAGGAUUGUCGUACACAGUGAAAGAGAAGGUCGGCCAUUGGUGGAACGGAAGUUGUCUGAGAAAAGCCCGGAAGAAGCACGUGCUCAACAACCUGUGCAUGAGUUUUGCCAGCGGGGAGCUCACGGCGCUGGUCGGCAGUUCCGGCUCGGGCAAAACAUCCCUGCUUGACGUCAUUUCCGGCAGGGCCCAAGGUGACGUCACCGGCGUGGUGACGUACAAGCAGGAGCAGUGCACGCGCGACACGAUGAUGCAGAAGGCCAGCUACGUGCUGCAGGCCGACCGGCUGCUGCCGACCUUGACCGUGAGAGAGACCUUGACCUACAUGGCCUACCUCAAGCUGCCGGGCUACACGACAGAGUCUGAAAUCGAGGCCAAGGUCGAAUCAGUUAUACGAGACAUGGGUCUGACUCACGUGGCUGAUAACAGGAUAGGUGGCGCUGUGAUCAGGGGCGUGUCUGGGGGAGAGAAGAGGAGGAUCACCAUUGGCGUGCAGCUCCUCAAAGAUCCAGACAUUCUGCUGCUUGAUGAGCCCACUUCCGGUCUAGACUCCUUCACGGCGCGCCACCUGGUGGCCAGUUUAGCCGACAUCGCUCACAAGGGGAAGCUAGUCAUCAUGUCCAUCCACCAGCCUCGUUCUGACAUUUUCAACCUGCUUGACAAGGUGGCCAUUCUGACAGUUGGCCAAUUGGCCUUCCUCGGACGGCCGAACCAGAUUGUUCCGUACUUCACGAACAUUGGGUACCCCUGCCCCAAUAACCAGAACCCAUGUGACGUUUACAUUGACGUCACGAGUGUUGACAGACGGACGCCGUCACAGGAAAAGAAAACGUUGUCACGCGCGCACAAACUUUGCGCAGCUUUCGCCAACUCGGAUCUGCAGACGGGAAUACUGAAGCGCAUCACAUCCGGUCUGGCCCGACCCUACUCCGAGGUGUACGACGAGCUGGAGGAGGCAGGAGUGGACGACCGGCCGUCGUGGUCAAGGACGUUCACCUGUCUGCUGACACGCAUGAACGUGCACCUCUGGCGAGAUCGCAGUGCCUUCCUCGGCCGGUUCCUGCUGCUGCCCUUCUUCGUGCCCUUCAUCCUGAUGUUCCUGGGCAAGCUCGGCUACAACCAGGGCAGUAUACAGGACAGGCUGGGCGUUAUCUACCAGGCCACACAGGUCCCACCCUACCUGGGGAUCGUCAAUGGGAUCGCGUUAUUCCCAGUACUAAGGAGCUUAUUCUACCGUGAGUGUUAUGACGGACUCUACUCCACCUUCACAUUCCUCGCCGCAUACUACGUCCACUGCCUGCCCUUCAACAUCAUCUGUAGUACCAUCUUCUCCGCGGCUUUGUACUGGAUUGCCGGCAUGAACGACGACCUGGUCCGGUUCGGGUCGUUCAUCCUGGUCUGUGUCAUGCUGACCCAGUUCGGUGAGAUGAUGACCGUGGGUGUCCUGGGCGUGUUCUGGAAUUCUCAGCUGGCCAACAACACGACGGCCUUGAUCAUGUCGGCCUCUGGUCUGGUGGCCUCAGGGGUUCUCAGGACCGUGGAGAACAUGCCGCAGGUUCUGCAGUGGGCGGGGUUUGUGGCCAUACACAAAUACUCCACGGAGAUCAUUGUGGGCAAUGAGUUCCAGGGACUCAAGUUUGAAUGUGACUCCAAGCAGACAGAUCAAGCGUGUAUUGAGACCGGAAAUGACUUCAUCAAGCUCUACUACCCGAACGCCCUUGACAACAUGACGCGCAACUUUAUCCUCAUGGGAGCCUACUCAGUCGGUGCUUUUAUCUUCGCCUUCACGCUCUUCAAGAUUCGUGGGUUACCGACCUUACAUUAGACUGGUGAAUACUUUAUUCUUCAAGAUUCGUGGGUUACCGACCUUACAUUAGACUGGUGAAUACUUUAUUCUUUAAGAUUCGUGUGUUACCGACCUUACAUUAGACUGAUAAAUGAACAUAUCUUAACAUUAUGAUCUCGUUUGUAUCAUUUAAGCCAAUCCUCACGUCUUAAUAAUAUAGGUAGUAUCAAACAUCACUAAAGUACCAUCACUAUAGUAUCUCUUAUGUAACAUAACUGCAACUCUGUCUUAAUCAUCCAUCACUAAAAACUACUGCUACUACCACACAAUCCCACUAUCAAUAUAACAUUAACAUAUCAAUAGUAUAAACAUCACAUAUUUCAACAUUACUUAAUCAAGUUGUCCGUCAGUCUUGUCAUGUAUUUUAUUCUCAAAACGACCAAACACAAAACUUGUGAUGGCAUAAGAAUGAUACGGCCUUCCAAGUUCAUCAUUUUUUUUAAAUCUGAGUUUUAUGUCAAUUAUUUUUUAUUGAAUAGCGUUCAAUAUUUAACGGGUAUUUAAAAUAUGGCUUUCAAAUUGUAAAUUAUAAUAUUUUAACAACUAAAUAAUAUAAUGAGCUAAUGCUUAGAAAAUAAAUACAAACAGUAUUUACGAAAGUACAACAAUGAUACAUCGUUGAUGAUCAUUAUGUAACAUUUUUUACUAUCCAUACUUUGAUUGUCUCUUGAAUCAAGAGACUGAAUGUUAAUGUGCAAUAUAGAUCUACUUCAGGUACAUUUUUCUGUGAUAUUUGAAGAUAUUCUUCAAUAUCUUUAGGUUUUUGGAUGUAGUUUUAAAAAUCUUCAGUGCGCACGAACACAAUCUGAAUUCAUGUAAAUUUAAAAUAAUAAAACUAAUUACUUAAAAUUGUUUUUUUUCAAUUAAUAUAGUGAAAAGUAUGUUUUUCGAAUAUUGCUAAGCUAUCGUAAUUAUUAACAUUUUUUUUAGAAAUUUUAAAAACAGCAAGUUAUGGAGAUUUUACAAUAAAUUUUAACCCUCUAAGAUUUUAAAAAUAGUUUAGAAAGGAAAUAAAUGUUUAGAAGACUGAGAAAGAUGGAGUUUGUCUAGGAAAAGUUUUUUUUCCUGAGGCUCAUGACGCGGGAAAUGAUCACAGUAAGGGAGGUCACUCGCUGAUAGCUUCAAUAUAAUUUAUUUAUUGCCGUUCUUGUUUCUAUUACAUCAUUUGCAUUAAACUAUUAAUUUUUUUUGUAUUGCAUAAUAUUUAAACAAAUUUGUAUAAAAUCACACGAAAGACUCGAAAACAAAUAAAAUGUUUAUUA